ACCUCCUCCGCUUUUUAAAAAUAUCAAUUCAUCGAUACUCGUGAAAAGAUCACUAAGAAAAGAGAGCGAUGGAGACUACUUGCUUAAUCGACGACGCUGAGUUCUCCCUUCCGCCGGAGCUUCUCACCGACGAUGAUUUCCUCGUGGAGAAGGAGAACAAGGUCGAUCGGUUCAGAAACCGUUUGUUCCCGUACGAGUCGAGUCAUGGAUUUGAGUUGGACUCCGAUUUUGGCUCUACCGUUAAACCAAUCGAUGACGAGGAGAAGCCCUUAGCCGGAUUGACCAGUAAAAUGGUUAAGUCAUCUCUGGAAGAUGAUUUCUCCGGUGGAAUUUUCGGUAGCCACGCUUUUCCGGCGAAGGCGUGGGGAUCGACUCGUUGUGUGGCUGGUGGUCGUCGGGAUCAUAACUGCCAGACGCAAUUUUCUUCUCAGACGGUGGCGUGGGAUCUGCACCACGCAGCGGCGGACGGUUACAACAACCAUAAUGGCAGAGGACUUCUUGAUCUUCCCAGAAAACAUCCCCUAGCCGCAGCCAAAAUCACUAACGGCGGCUCUAGCUACUAUAACCGCCAAUCUCUCCAGUACCAGAAGCUACAAGCUAUCCACUUUCAGCAGCUACAACAGCAGCAGUUGAUGCAGAAGAGCAGAGGAUUAGGAGCUAAUAACAACAACAACAACAACAACAACAAAAUCGCUGGUUCUGUGGAUUUGUCGCCGUCUGCAUGGUCUAAUCAGCCUCAGAGGGGUGACGUUUUCCUAGGAACCCGUACCGGAAAACGUGGAUCAACCGGAACCGGCGUCUUCUUGCCCCGUUGUGUUAACCAUGCAACCGCCGAGGUUCGCGAGAAGCCCGUGCGUGCGACAGUUUUGGUUCCGGCUAGAGUGGUCCAACCAUCGGUCCGGUCGUCGCCUAGUCUCAAUGAUGGGUCGUGGAGCAACGAUGGCGGAUUCUCGAGCCAGAUGAAGAUGGAGCAGCCAGUGAAGGAGGAGCCCCGGUUACCUUUGGACUGGGCGUAUUGAUUGAUUUGUGGUUCCGUAACAUUUGGGUGGUGGUUUUUAGGAAAGGUUUGAAGAAAUUGAAGGAGGAAUAAUAUUAGAUUUGAUGAACAGGGUAGUGAAAAUAGUGGUGACACUAGGGUUUAUAUAAAUAAUGGAAGAAUAAUAAUAAAAUAAAGGAAUGAUAAAAAGAAGAAGAUGUGGAGAAGACGAGGUUUUGGAUCGUUUUAACCCCCAUUGUUGGCUGAUAGAGGAAGAUGACCUUUUUUCCUUGGGUUUUUGUUUGUUUAUGGUAUUAACUGCUGCUUUAGUAGUACUCCCCUUCGGCCCUUCCUCUCUGUCUCUCUUUUAAUCUCAUAACUCUUAAGCAAUGGAGGGUGUAUUAUUGACAAGAGGAUUGUUUAAUAAUUUUGUUCGCCAA